AUGCGGAUCUUAGUGCAUGAAAGCUCCAUAGUUGCCAUCAGUUUGUUAUAUUUGGUUUUGGACGCGGUCGGCGGCAGCUCUAGCCACGAUUGUUCUUGUUGCGUCUCGUCAUCAAGCGUGGCAGAUCGCGUAUUCCAGACACGCGAUGUUGUCACAACCCAGGCAAUGGGUGCGAGGUGUGCUGUCGCCGCAGAUUUUGAUGGCGAUGGUGAUAUGGACUUGGUUUCUGCAUCGGCCGUCGACAACACUGUUGCUUGGUUCCAGAAUGACGGAAGUGGGCACUUCGGUGGCCCACAGCAAGUCACAUACAGCAGCAAUGGUGCCCGCAUCGUAACAGUUGGCGACAUUGAUGCCGAUGGGAAGAUCGACAUCAUAGUGGCGAGCUACUACGAUCACACAGUGGGUUGGUUCAAAAACGAUGGUGCUGGGAAUUUUGGCAACAUUCAUAUCACAAUUCUGCCUUGA